AUGGAGGAAAUGAGGCGGACGGACGUUGUCGAAUUCAAAGGCUCGUCCCCCGAACAAGUGGAAAAACUUAUUAAUUUAAGGAGCCAGCUAGAUAUGCUGUCUAACUUCGAAAUUGUUCCUUCUACUGUCUCGGGCUUCCCUCUAAUUCAGAGAGACGUAUUUGUUCAACGAGCUCCUUUUGACAUGCGGUACAACGUAGGGAAUGAGAUGGACCGGACGCUCGAGGAAGUUGGAAGACUACCUGAAUUCAAGGCUUUUUUCAGUCCCCCAACAGAACAAGAGCUUCGAGAUGCCGCCGCCCAUGGGCCAAUCGUCGUUAUAACAAUCAAUUACUUAGAUACUGGGUGCGAUGCCAUUAUCAUUCAGCCAAACAAGAUUCAGACAAUUUUUCUACCCGAGUUGAGCUGGGAUGCAAUUUCAAACACAAUUGACGAGGGUCAACUAGGGCGGCCUUCUGUGCUGGGAUGGUUGUGGGAUACAGCCAUGGGUCCCAUCUUGGACACUCUUGGAUAUACCCAACCGGUUGUUGGCGACGAUCCCUGGCCACACGUAUGGUGGAUUCCAACAGGAGAGCUCGCCAUGUUUCCGCUUCAUGCGGCGGGCCACCAUACCCAAGAACCUCACAACACGGUCCUCAGCAGGGUGGUAUCGUCCUAUAGCACCUCUGUUCGGGCCAUCAUACAGGGCCGCCGACGACGUGUCAAUUCUGACGAAUCUCCCAAGGCCCUUUUGGUUGCGAUGGAAACUACGCCAUAUCAGAGCAGGCUUCCCUACGCAACGGAGGAGAUAAAAGUAUUGAAGCCGCUUUGCAAUUCAAUAAAUCACACUAUCAGCGAGCCUGCGCGGAAUAAGAAAGCGGUCCUGAAGGAUCUACAACACUGCAAUAUAUUCCAUUUUGCUGGUCACGGGUGCACGGUGAGAGAUGACCCAGGAAAGAGUUAUCUAUGUCUCGAAGAAGGCUCUCAGAACCCAGUUAGAGUAAACGACCUCCUCAAUCUGAAUCUUUUCGCACGGCCACCAUUCCUAGCCUACCUUUCAGCGUGCGGAACCGGUCGGGUGGGAUCCAGGAGUAUGGUCGAUGAGAGUCUUCAUCUUAUCAGCGCAUGCCAGCUCUCUGGAUUUCUGCAUGUGAUUGGAACCCUCUGGGAGGUCAGCGAUAAAACCUGUGUGGAUGUGGCCGAGGUAGUGUAUAAGGGAAUAAGAGACGGAGGCAUGAGGAAUGAGUCAGUAGCUCAAGGACUUCAUAACGCUCUACUAUUGCUUCGGGAUCAGUGGGUGUCUGAGAUCGAGAACAGAUCUUGCAGGAGAGCUUUACGACGUGCACAAAUCGCACAUAAUGCUGAUCUCAAAGACGACGAAGGGCAGGAUGGGAGGGACAUACUGCCAGUCGAUGAUGAGGAUUGUAUGAGUCCUCCAAGUUGGGUUCCUUAUGUUCACUUUGGUAUUUGA